UAUUUCCACCCCUAACCCCUGUGUAAUUUGAAGCCAAAGGUGGGUUCCACUUCCCCUUUCACUCCACCGGAUCCCGACCUCGACGAAACCUCAUACGACGGUGCGACGAGCCAACAUGGUUUACAUUACUUCAUGGGACGACUUUCUGGAACGAUCCGUUCAGCUAUUCCGCGCCGAUCCUGAAUCUACAAGGUAUGUGAUGAAGUAUAGACACUGUGAUGGAAAAUUGGUACUCAAGGUUACUGAUAAUCGACAGUGUCUAAAGUAUAAGACAGACCAAGCACAAGAAGCUAAGAAGAUGGAAAAACUUAAUAAUAUAUUCUUUACGCUGAUGGCCCGGGGACCAGAAGUGGAUCUUUCUGAAGUCACCGGGAAAGAACAAGUUGAUGCACAACCGACUAAAAAAGGAAGAGGAAGAAAGCAAUAACUGAUGUAACUUUCUGUCAAAAUAGACCAUGAAUCUUAGGAAUCCAGUAAUGAUUUUGAUAGAUUCUUUACCCAUUCCAAAAUUUUACAGCAAUGCCUUGAUCACAUUUACAUUAUUUGUUUUCUGAUUUCACCUUUCUAAAAUUUUAAUCUCGGCCAUGGUUUUGACUUCA